ACCUGGUUUCUCCGGAACCAUACUCACAGUGGAAACGCGCCAUUCAAGUCAUCAUCGAAAGGUCGCCAUGAUGAACAGGUUUUUAUUGUUGCUGGGUCUGGCAGGGUGCAGUCAGGCCUUUCUGGAAAGCCUCUGGGGUGGGCCUUCAUGGGAUGGCUUGGGAGUGACUUGGGGUAUUAACCCUCUCGGAUGGGCUUUCAACCAGAUGCCAAGGACCGAAUCCGAUGCUAUCUACUAUGGAUGGACCAAGAAUGGCGAUUGCUCAGACAGCGCCUUCUAUCGGGGAAAGAGAUACAUCAAAGAUAACGACCCAGGUGUGAUGUUACUGUUCGAUGUCAAUGGUUACAUCGCCGGAAUCCAGGGCGGGAUUCCUCUGGAUAUCUACCCAUCUCAUCUUAACCUCACAUACGGCAAGGUGAUCAACGUUGAUACCGCCACCAACCUCAUGGUCGAGACCGCAUACUUCGUCCCGCCGCAGGAAAUCUGUUCGAGCGGGCGCACCCAGGACAGAUUCGAUAAUGAGGGCACUGGCUCCAAUCUCUACCUUCAGCAGGGACCAGACCCAGUCAAGGACUCUGUCAUCAUCCCGAGGUUGGAAGCCGAUAUCGGGAACACAAAAUGGAGGAAGGGACGAUGUUUCCGUACUAUGGGUCAGCACUACUGGUACGACUACUCCGAGAACAUGAGCUGUGACGACUUUUACCCGGCUUUCCUGCUCUACAACGCUGGGGAGCUUAAUGCCUUCGGAUGGGCCCUUAACCUCUACCACGAGUCGCCACGAUAUGAACACCCAACUCCCGAUAUCCUGGACAGCUUCUUCAACCCAGUGCCAGUUUGCCUGACCCAGCAGCCAAAAAUGUCUACUAUUCAUAUCUACAUGGACGAUGCACCGCUUCUAAACAUGUGUUAAACAAUUAAAAAAUAUGUUAUUUAUAUUGUU